AUGCACAACAAAUUACAGCAUUGUGCUCACACAAUUAUUGCCGCUGCAAAUUGCACUCAAUGUAAUGCAAAUGAAGUUGAAGAAUCAACCAUAAUAAAUUGCUGGAGAAAAACAGGAAUCCUUCCAUUAUUAUUGGAUACUGAGAUUGAGGAUGCUACUUUUGCUGUUCAAGAUUUUACAGAUAUAGAAAAAGAUAACGUAGAUGAAUUAAUUAUAGACCUAACUACAAAUUUGUCAGAUCCUACAAUUGAACAUCAGCUAAAUGAAUUUAACAAUGUAAAUAAUUCUCAAAUAUUCACUAAAGAUGUUCUAGAUAAAGAGCAGAUUGUUAACAUUGUCUUGGAUGAGCAAUGGGAACUUGAAGAAGGUAAUACAAGUGAUAGUGAUGAGGAACCACCUGAAAUUCCUGUUACUGAAGGUUUAAAUGGCCUAAAAAAAAUCAUUAGUUUUGUUGAGCAACAAAAAAGUUGCGAUUUUAAUGCAGAGGACCUGAAAGUUUUUCGAAAAUACUUAACACUAAUAAAAAAAAUAUGUUGA